CCAGAUCUUACUUGACGAUCGUUGCUGCCUGUUAUUUGUGCAACAAGAUGGCGGUGGCUUCUGAGAACAGAGUGCUUUCCUACAGUGUUUUUAAAUGGAGCUCUUACUCAUCUACAUACUUGCCAGAGAACAUCUUGGUGGAUAAACCCAGUGACCAGUCUUCACGAUGGUCCUCUGAAAGUAACUACCCUCCACAGUACCUUACCCUGAAGCUGGAGCGGCCGGCCAUCGUGCAGAGCAUCACCUUCGGGAAGUACGAGAAGACGCAUGUGUGCAACCUGAAGAAGUUCAAGGUGUUCGGAGGGAUGAGCGAGGAGAACAUGACCGAGCUUCUGUCCAGUGGCCUUAAGAAUGACUUUAACAAGGAGACGUUCACGCUCAAACACAAGAUCGAGGAACAGAUGUUUCCCUGCAGGUUCAUCAAAAUAGUGCCUCUCAUGUCAUGGGGACCAAGUUUCAACUUCAGCAUCUGGUACAUCGAGCUGCAUGGCAUUGAGGACCCAGACGUGGUGCAGCCCUGCCUUAACUGGUACAGCAAGUACCGGGAGCAGGAGGCCAUCAGACUGUGUCUGAAGCACUUCCGGCAGCACAACUACACAGAGGCGUUCGAGUCGCUGCAGAAGAAGACGCGCAUCGCCCUGGAGCACCCCAUGCUCACGCGCCUCCACGAGCGGCUGGUCCUGCGCGGCGACUUCGACGCCUGCGAGGAGCUCAUCGACAAGGCCGUCAAAGAUGGUUUGUUCAAUCAGUACAUCAGUCAGCAGGAGUACAAGCCCCGCUGGAGUCAGAUCAUCCCCAAAUGCAACAAAGGUGAUGGAGAUGAUAACAGACCUGGCAUGAGGGGUGGCCACCAGAUGGUUAUUGAUGUACAGACAGAGACUGUGUAUUUGUUUGGUGGCUGGGAUGGCACGCAGGACUUGGCAGAUUUCUGGGCGUACAGUGUACAGGACAACCAGUGGGCAUGCCUCUCCAGAGACACAGAGAAAGAGGGUGGUCCUAGCGCGCGCUCCUGCCAUAAGAUGUGCAUCGACUCCCAGCGCCGGCAGAUCUACACGCUGGGUCGCUACCUGGACUCGUCUGUACGCAACAGCAAGUCCCUCAAGAGCGACUUCUACUGCUACGACAUCGACAACAACACCUGGACCCUCCUCAGCGAAGACACGUCUGCCGACGGAGGACCCAAGCUGGUGUUCGACCACCAGAUGUGCAUGGACUCGGAGAAGCACAUGAUCUACACGUUUGGCGGCCGCAUCCUGACAUGUAACGGGAGUGUGGACGAUAGCCGCUCCUCCGAGCCGCAGUUCAGCGGUCUGUUUGCGUACCACUGCGCCACGGCAACUUGGAGCCUCCUACGCGAGGACUCGUGCAAUGCUGGACCCGAGGACGUGCAGUCCCGCAUCGGACAUUGCAUGCUCUUCCACACGAGGAACCGGUGUCUGUACGUGUUCGGAGGUCAGAGGUCAAAGACCUAUCUGAACGACUUCUUCAGCUACGACGUGGAUGGGGAUCACGUGGAGAUCAUCUCCGACGGGACCAAGAAGGACUCGGGCAUGGUUCCCAUGACGGGCUUCACCCAGCGUGCCACCAUUGACCCCGAGCUGAAUGAGAUCCACGUGCUCUCUGGCCUAAGCAAGGACAAGGACAAACGCGAGGAGAACGUCCGCAACUCCUUCUGGAUCUAUGACAUUGCCCGCAACAACUGGUCGUGCGUGUAUAAGAAUGACCAAGCUGUGAAGGAGGCCCCCAGUAAGAGCCUUCAGGAGGAGGAGCCCUGUCCGCGCUUCGCCCAUCAGCUGGUCUACGAUGAGCUGCACAAGGUGCAUUACCUGUUUGGGGGUAACCCUGGGAAGUCGUGCUCCCCUAAGAUGCGCCUGGACGACUUCUGGUCGCUGAAGCUGUGCCGGCCCUCCAAGGAGUACCUGCUGCGCCACUGCACAUACCUCAUCAGGAAGUACAGGUUUGAAGAGAAAGCACAGACUGAACCCUUGAGUGCUCUGAAGUACCUGCAGAAUGACCUGUCUCUGACGGUUGACCAUUCAAACCCAGACGAGACCAAAGAGUUCCAGCUACUUCCCUCCGCUCUCUUCAAGUCCAGCUCAGAUUUCAUUCCACUGGGAUUCUCGGGCGUUGAUCAGACCUACGCUCAGCGCACGCAGCUCUUCGACACGCUCGUCAACUUCUUCCCUGACAGCAUGGCCCCGCCCAAAGGCAACCUGGUCGACCUCAUCACGCUGUAGCCCCGCCCACUUGCGUGUUGACGGACAGUGGACUGAGUCGCGAGGCCCCGCCCAUCCCCAUGUCACCCACUGAGGCCAGAGAAUGACGCUUUGGUCUGGGGCGGAGGAGCUUCACUGUGUGUGUGUGUGUGUGUGUGUGUGUGUGUGUGUGUGUGUGUGUGUGUGUGUGUGUGUGUGUGUGUGUGUGAGAGAGAGAGUGUGUGUGUGUAUGUGUGUGUGUGUAUAGAUGUGUUACUACAUUAUGUGAGCUAUGUCUGUGAGCUCUAAGGGAGAAACCAUUUGGAGAAGUGUGUGUGUGUGUGUGUGUGUGUGUGUGUGUGUGUGUGUGUGUGUGUUUUGGGCUGUGAUGCCCAUGAGAUCAUGUGCAUUGGAUAUUGUGUGUGUGUGUGUGUGUGUGUGUGUGUGUGUGUGAGAGGGGGGGAGUGUAUGUAUGUAUGUGUGUGGUGUCUGUUCACACAAGUCUGUGACAUGGCUUAGUUUUUGAAGUGGUAGUGAUAUGACACACAUGACAGUCAGUCCCAAGCUGAAUUGGAGAUGGUGUCAUGUUCAACUGAACAAUUGCCAUCCUUAACAGACCCCGAAGAUCUUCCUAAUUAUGGAUUGUGGAUUUCUGAUUCCUUAACUGUGUGCUGCACUGGAAAGACUGGGACUUGGAUACACACACACACACACACACAUAUACACACUCACUUACAUGCUCACAUAUAGACGUGUUUUCAGAGACUCGUACACACACUGUGUAUCUCAUUAACCUUUGAAGUUUGGAUCAUGUGGCUGCGUGUGUGUGUGUGAAUUUUGACAUCAAGUUGAGGGUUGCGCUACAUUUCCUAGAAUUCUUUGCUGGAAUUAUGUGAUGAUGCUUCUGAUGUAUGAAUUGGUACCGGAUUUUGGGAGAUUUUUGUAUGUUUGUUGUUUUUUCCCCCCACUGUCAUCACUUACAGUGGUAGUUGUAUAUACACACACACACACACACACACACACACACACACACACACACACACACACACACACAUACACAUUCAUACACACACACACACACACACAGGGCCUAGUAACAUAAUUUCAAAGAUUUUUUUCAGUCAAGGUUCUUAUGCACAUUCAGUGUGUGUGUUGGUGGGGGUGGGGGGGGGGGGUGUAUACACUAAACUUUGAGAGUUAUUUGAGUGUGUGAAUUCAUGGGUGCUAACUAGGCCGUCUAGACCACGUGCACUUUCUCUCACGGGCAAAACAGAACAACAGAAUCUCACCAUCUUCUGUCUAGCUAGCGUUCUGAUCUUUGGAGAGGUGUGUGUUUGUGUCAAACAGAGUUUAGUGGGCAAGGGUGGAGUGCAAUUAACAACUUGGUUGUGUAGGGCUUUCUGUACAGAUCAGGCACUGAAAGCCCUGUUUAUUUGUGUGUGUGUGUGUGUGCGCGUGUGUUUGUGUGCGUGUGUGUUUGUGUGUGUGUGUGUAUGAUGAUUAGUUGCAGUCUGUCAGUACUUCUCUUCAGUGAGAUGAUGACAUUGCCCUGUUCCAGUUGUGUCGUUUGUAAAGACUUGCGUGUCAUCGGUGCAUGCUGCUCAUUAUGUUUGGCCCAGGCUCCAGAGUAUGGUGAGUGUGAGUGAGUGUGUGAGUGUGUGUGUGCGUGUGUGUGAGCAAGGCAGGCUGACGAUCCCUAGAAAGAUCAACAUACUGUCUCAAAACCUAUGCUGUGUGUGUGUGUGUGUGUGUGUGUGGGAGACAGUGAAAGCUAGUGAGUAUGUUGUCCAUGUUGCCCCUAUUUAAAGCAAACAUCCCUAAUCGUGCUGUAUGGUGUGUGUGUGUGUGUGUGUGUGUGGGAGAGACAUCCCUAAUCGUGCUGUAUGGUGUAAGCUUUUCUGUCCGGAUUGGCUGUAGGGCUGUGAUCUUUCUGUGUGUAUGUGUGUGUGUCUAUCUGUCUAUGUGUGUGUGUGUUUGUCUAUCUAUCUGUGUGUGUGUGUGUGUGUCUCUGUCUAUCUAUCUGU